CAGAAUAACGGACGCAACAAGAGCGGUCGCGGUCACGUCCGCUUCGUGCGCUGCUCCAACUGCGCACGAGCAACACCAAAGGACAAGGCCAUCAAACGUUUCACAGUCCGUAACAUGGUCGAAUCAGCCGCCAUUCGUGAUAUUUCCGACGCAAGUGUUUACAACGAAUACGCUUUGCCCAAAUUGUACAUCAAAUUGGUCUACUGCGUUUCAUGUGCUAUUCACGCUCACGUCGUUCGUGUUAGAUCUGCUGAAGGUCGUCGUAACCGUGCUCCACCAGUACGUGUUCGUUACAACAAAGAUGGUAAGAAGAUCAACCCUGCCGUCUCUGCUAUGCAAAACGCUGGUGUCGGACCACAAGCUGGAGGAGCACCUGCUCCCACUGUCCGUGUCUAA